AUGAAGGUUACAAAAGUCUUGGUGCAGGCCAUUGGCGUACUCAGCUCUCUGGGUGCUGUAGUCGAUGCAAGAAGCCCCGGUCACUCUCGCACUGAUUCAUGCCAUCCAAAUCACCCAUUUAAGCCUCUCCCUAUCACCAAUGCCAGAACAAAGACAUGUCAUGUAGACAACCGUGGACAUGGCAAGGACGAUUCAGCGAAUGUUCUUUCUGCAUUGAAGAAGUGCAACAAUGGUGGAAAGGUCAUCUUCGAUGUUGGCAAGACUUAUACUAUUGGCAAAGCGCUUGACAUGACUUUCCUCAAGCAUGUUGAUUUGGAAAUCCAGGGCCAUAUCCAAUUCACCAAUGACACAGAUUACUGGCAAGCAAACGCGUUCAAGCAAAUCUACCAGAACGCCACGACAUUCUUCCAACUAGGCGGCGAGGAUGUCAACAUGUACGGUGAUGGUAUUCUCGAUGGAAAUGGCCAGGUCUGGUAUGAUCUGUAUGCAGAAGAUGCUCUUAUCUUGCGUCCUAUUCUGAUGGGCAUCAUCGGAUUGAAGGGCGGUACCAUUGGCCCUCUCAAGCUUCGCUAUUCGCCUCAGUGGUACCACUUCGUUGCCAAUUCAACUGAUGUGCUGUUUGAGGGGAUUGACAUUACCGGUUACAGUAGCAGUAAGAAUGUUGCUAAGAAUACUGAUGGAUGGGAUCUUUAUCGUUCCUCCAACAUUGUUAUUCAAAACUCUGUUAUCAACAAUGGAGAUGAUUGCGUCUCUUUCAAGCCCAACAGUACCGAGAUCCUAGUUCAGAACCUCCACUGCAACGGUUCUCACGGCAUUUCCGUCGGGUCUCUGGGUCAGUACGAAGGUGAGGUUGAUAUUGUGCAGAAUGUGCUCGUGUAUAACGUCUCCAUGUUCAACGCAUCAGAUGGUGCUCGCAUCAAAGUCUGGCCCGGAACUGCUUCUGCACUCUCAACCGAUCUCCAAGGCGGCGGUGGAUCAGGCAUCGUGAAGAAUAUCACCUACGACGGAAUGACCAUUGACAACGUCGACUAUGCGAUUGAAGUGACUCAAUGCUAUGGACAGAAGAACCUUACUCUUUGCAAUGAGUUCCCCAGCAGCCUCGUUAUCGAGGAUAUCCUCUUUACCAACUUCAAUGGCGUGACCUCGGGUAAAUAUGACCCUAACGUAGGAACGAUUGUCUGCUCGAGUCCGGAUGUUUGCUCGGAUAUCAAGGCUACAAAUAUCGACGUGACUAGUCCUGAUGGAGACGAUCAAUUUACCUGCACGAAUGUUGAUAAUAGCUUGCUUAAUUUCAACUGUGUUGCGUCCUCUUAG